ACACCGAUGGCAAUUGGCUUAAAAUGGCGGGAUUACGCAAAAAGAGACGUACCACGAAGCAGGCCCUGCUGCGCCGGGCUGUCAUUAAGGCGGGUCGCAAUGCGGACGAUACUGUAGAUAGGUCUGCGCUAUAUGAUGUGCCCCAAACCAGAUCCAGUCCCCAGGCCAAGGCCAUAACUGUGCUGCCUUCCUUUAACAAGGAUGCGCAGUUGGUGCAUAUCAUGCAGCGCAGCCUAUCCAACAACUCGGGCUCCAGCUGGGAGCCGAGGGGUGCGCAUCGCAUAACAAGAAUCAAGCCCAACAAGACUGAGGCUAAGCUGCAACAUAUUUUCCUCGAAACGCCCUUCAGGUCGGCUGAGCAACGCAAGGAGGCGGACAAUGGGGCAGCAAAGAAAUCAGGCCUCAAGAAACCAAAUACCAACGAUAACAGAUCAGGAGUUAGCUUGAAAGCGUUCGAGCCCUCGAAGGGCUCCAAGGGCUCACGAGCUAGCUCCUUGGGCUAUCCUUCUAGUUGGAAUUUGGAAGUGCCCGGCGAGGACGAAGUGUCUGCAGUGGUUGCCAAUGAGCUCAGCCUAAGCGAAAUAGUCAAUUGCGAACUACUCAAUCGUACUAUCUACGAUAACCGGCUGAACGCCCCGGUUACCUUACGUCGACCCACCAAAAUUGACAAUGCCGUGCAGUGUGUGCUUCCGCAGAUGCCAAAGACCGCGACACUGCGGCGUAAGAAAACGGCCGGGGUCCAAACCCAGACAAUUACCAAGCGUAGGCUGUUAACCCCAAAGCCAAUGCAAUACAAGAUACCACGACUGCAAAGGAUCAGGUCCAGAAUGUUUCCGAUUGGCACUAGGCGCAGCAUUUCUCCGACGGGCAUUAUCCGUAUGGACAGGCUGCUUGGUGUCACCGCCAAAGGAAUGCGACCCCGUGUGUACAGUGGCAAAGCGGACAUACAUACGGAAAGUGUUCCGAACAAUGUUGGUAAAAAUUCCAGAAAUCCCAAAAAUCUACGGCGACCAGCAUCGCCAGGCUCCAGCAAUGACGAGGAGCGCGGAAUGAAAAAGUUGGACGUUGCCAAGGAUCCAAACUAUGGCGGUUACACACCAUCGGAUUGCAGCUGCGAAAGCAAAAGCAAUGACAGCCUUGACAAGCAAAAUAAAUUAACGGCAGCCCCUAAAGAAUCCUCGGAGCAUUACAAUCGCAUCGAUAAGAUAAGUCAACCGCCCAACGGAAAGGAACGUAAACACCAAAAACCCGAAUCCAGUUCGGCUGAGUGUAAAUGCAAUGGCCAACCAGGCAACCAGUUGAAGACCCAUCAAGCCACCUGCACCAAGGUAAAGUGCCCCAAUAAGAGCUGGGAUUCAAGAAUGGCCAAUGAGCAGGAAAUAAAGGAAGCAGGAAACAAGUCGGGCACGUCUGGCACCUCAAGCACUAUGCACUAUUGUUACUGCAGCCAAAAGAAGUCCAGUGCCAAGAACGUGGUCUUCGAGAGUCAAGGAUCGAACGACACGGAGCAGACACAGAACAGUUCCAGUGAACAAAGGUUUGCCAAACCCGCAUCGGACACAAAACUGCCUAAGGCCCCUGGCCAGACGUGUCAGUGUCCCAAGUGCUCCAAUGCCGUGACACAGACGCCAAAAAGAGGAAAGAAUGAACGAAUUGCAACAAAAAGCAAAGUGCAUAGUGAAAACAGUUCCGAGGAAUGCAUCUGCAUAUGUGCGAAUUGCAUCGCAAAGGGCAUGGGGACUGCGCAGAACUCCAAGGGAACAAGCGAUGUGUGCGACUGCAAGUGUCCCACUUGCACUAAGGCAAAAUCUAAAAGUCAACCGACCAAUGCAGUCAGGGAAAUGGAAGGGAAAGCUUUAAGUUCUGAUCGUAGUGCAAAACAGAGCUCGAGAGAAUCGAGAGCUCAGAAACCUGGUCGUGGAACAAUGCACAGCCCCAGAGAGGGAAAACCUUCAGGUCCUGAGAGAAGAAUGACGCUUAGCUCAAGAGAACCCAGAAUUCAAAGUCCUGUGCCAGGAGUGUACCCACAAGGUACUGUCGCCCGCCCAAAGGGCAGACAGGAGACCGUGAAGCAGCUUAAAUGCCAAUGCCCAAAAGCCAAAGUUAUACAGGCACUGCAUGAAUUCAACGAAUACUGCAUCUACAAAUGUCCCAAUUGCUCAAAUAGAGUUCAACAACCUAACAUAAAUGCAGCCAUGUAUGCCAGAGAAGGAAUGUACGGUAUGAGCCCAUGUCAGUGUCCAGGCUGCAGAAUGCUUCGGAGGCCAGGCAGUCCGAUGUCAAGCUCGUCACACCCUAGAAGUGGCCGAGACAGUCCAACCAGAAACCCAAUGAGCGAUUCCAGGAGGCAUAAUUACAAUGGCAAAAGGCAUCAUGAGCCGAAGAAAUCAUCGUCAAACAGUAACGAUUCAUCCAAUGAAUCCAUUGAGCGAAUUCUGCCAGUUGUUACCAUGAGCUCAAACCAGGACAAGGUUAACAAGAAAGUACAAUGCGAUUGUAAGUGCCCCAACUGCGGCAUUAACAUCAAUGACUUCUCCCGGGAUGACAGAAAAAAAAGCGAAAUAGACCUAAAUCCAAAUAAGCUGUAUAGUCAAACUCAACCCAGGCCAGAUACUGUGGCAAGGGAAGCUAGGAACGCACAGGAGAUGGGAGCCAAUUUAUAUGGUUCGAAUAGGUAUGAAGCCAACAACCAAGACGUCCAGGAAGACGCCGAUCGGGAGUGCCAAAUCUGUAAUACCAUAAUGGCUAAGAAAAAAUACGCUAUGGCAUCGAAAACCAAAUACGAUGUGGAAUCGGACAACAAAUACGAUAUGGAUCCAGAGCAGAAAUACGAUAUGGAAUCGGACGACAAAUACGAUAUGGAUCGGGAGCAAAAUUAUGACAUAGAUCCAAAGCAAAAAUACGAUAUAGAUCGAGAGCGCAAAUACGAUAUUGAUCGAGAGCGCAAAUACGAUAUUGAUCGAGAGCGCAAAUACGAUAUUGAUCGAGAGCGCAAAUACGAUAUUGAUCGAGAGCACAAAUACGAUAUGGAUCGAGACACGGAAGCGAAAAGCAAGUACGAUGCGAAUCCAAAUCGGCAUCGGAGGCCACAUUGCAACUUGGAGACGUGCAAUAAAAAGUGUAACAAGUGUAAAAUAACAGCGGCAAAAACCAAAACGGGUGAUGCCAUGGUUAAUCUUGUUGUGGACGAUAAAUGUAAUGUGAAUCAAAUCAUACAAAUCUUGCAGGAGACAGUUUUACAGCUGGAGGGACAAAAGAAACUGCUAAGCCAGUCCGUGGAGAAUGCGGUUGUCACCCAAAAUGACAAUAUUAACAAUGUUCAGAAGAAUUAUGCAAAUGGCACUUUGACCUCCUUGAAUCCCAACUUAAUGCCAGAACCUUAUUGCGACAUAAGAAACUGUCCAGUGUAUAAGUCGCAAUCUCCCGAUCAGGAGCAACUAUAUAAGGCGACAGCCUAUACCACAUGUCCAGGAUACAAUCCGUUCCAACAGCGAAAAGGUAGUCCGCUAGAAGGCAGUCCCCAAGCGACGCGAAGAAACAGAAAUCCUGCUGUUUACCAAGACCCAUCCAGCUUGCAGUAUCAGCCAACAGAUGAGUUUCAGCCCCAUCAUGAUAGGUUUAUAGCUAUGGAUCCGAAUGCUCCACAUCAAGGUGGUCUGCGCAGUCGCAGCGGCAGCACGUAUCCCUUGAAGGAAAACUCUAAGAUAAGCUCGUUGCCGCGUGAAAUACUACAAAAGAUCAAGCCUACGAAAUCGUUCAUAGAUAUGUUUCAUAUGGCCCUGGCUUUAAAAGGCAAUAAAGGCUAUUACCACAAUCCUAAUGCACAUGCCAACUUCUAUGGUCAAUCGCCCAAGGAACAAGAAUUCUUGGACUAUGCACAGUAUGCGAGCAACAUAUUAGCUGCUGCCAAAAGAAAGCAAGUGCCUGGCAAACAGCUCGCUAGAGAUCAAUCAACGCGAGAUCUACGCUUCUAUCUACACAAUGCACCAUCUGUGGAGCACAGCAGCAAAAACUCUCCGGGACACAACAGUCCGAAAUAUCCUACCAGCAAAUAUCUAAAGCAAAACUUUAAAUUUUCCUCCCAUACAGGCAUUGGCGACAGGAGUAAUAGUCCGCCACGGCUGCAGGGACAAUCGGAGCAGGAGCAGCGACACCGAAGACCGGAUAGAGCAGAGUCCCAUUUUUUUCGAAAAGACAAUAACGAAAGCACAGCCAAAAGUCAAAUUGCAGAACAACACAAUCGAGAGGAUCUAGUCCGGCGGCAGCCAAUUGUAUGCUCUGGCAUCCAUGAUAAAUCGAAAAAUCCAUAUUUUAGGCGAGAGCUGGCACAGAGAGAUUUAUUCCAAAAGCACGAACAUCGUGACACUGGUUCGGAAUACACAGAAUUGCGUGAUAAGAGUCCAUGUCAACCACAAGUUCCAAAUAUAAUAAAGGAAAAUCCAUUUCUACAGAAACGUGAAAGUACUGGUAUUGUGCCACCGUGUGAAUUCCGAACACGUCAAAUUCAAGAUAUGUAUUCAUGCGGCUUGGAGUUCUGUCGAAAAUGUCCCAAAACUUCUAAGGUGUUGAUCCACAGAAAACGCUGUUCGGACAAAGAAUUCAAAUAUUGCAGUGAAUUCUGUUGCAUGGAAAAACCGAACAGACGCGAUCUGCAAAAAAUACAACCCGCUCUAUCUAUCUACGGGCAUUCGAAAUCGCAAAGUAGCUUCGGUUCUGGCAGAGCUAGACAUCGAAGAAAAAUGGGAACCCCAACCAAGCGAAAGAUAAGUUAUCUAAAAUUGGAAGAUUUCUCAUCCAAGCACUUAGAGUCCAAGCACUCGCAAUCAUCCGUUGUCAAUGCAUUCCGUAAAAAAUUACAGGAUUUAAAAGAAAAUUCUUUGCAAAACAAGAACUCAAAUUUGUCACAAAAAUAUACACCAAUAUAUAAAGUUGAUCUGCUCGGAAACACUUUAGAUCCAUCAAAAUCAUUACCAUCCAAAUCAAGAUGCCUAUAUAGUUGCAAAAGUUCCGAAAUUCAAAAUAAAAAGCUUACAGCCGAUUUGAAAGCAAAGAAAUCGAAAAGCAAUCAAUCAUAUUCACAAGAACCAAAUGCCGAGAAGAAAGUGAAAGAAGGGCCAGAUCUUUCGGAAGCGCAGAAAUCGGAAAUGAAAGGCAUUGUAUAUUUGGGCAGAAGAAAAACUGGAGAUAACCAAGAAACGGAAGGAUCGGAUUCAGAAUUUAAGAAAUUUGAAGCAAGAAAAAGUCAAUAUACAGCCAAAGGACGGGCAGAAAGCGAUUUUUCAGAUCAUUCGGCAUCAAAGCGAAUCAAAUCAAAAACAAACAUAACACCGACCAGAAGACGGGCAGGUGAAAAGAAAGAAAGCGAAGAAUCACUGUUUUUAGCUUCGAAGAAUCAGUCAAGAAGCACCGAGCUUCUGGCCCGAAGACGAGCAGGUGAAAAGGCAGAUAGCGAUGAAUCAGAUCAUUUUGAAAGAAAUCAAUCUGUAAGCUCUAUUGGUAAACGGCGCACAAGUGAAAAGAGAGCGAAAGAGAUUUCGCACAGCGACGAGAGCAAAAACUCAAAUUCAAUAUCGUUCGGUGUAUAUUCUUACCUAAAUAAAACAAAAAAGGGAAGAAAAGUAUCUGUGGAAUUGCCAGCAAUAACUCUUGCUAAUGAUGCUCAGCUAGAGUCCACAAACAGAACGAAAUUGCAAGGUGUGCUCGCCCUCGGCAAUAGAACAAAGAAGGAGAGAAAGCCCGUUCUGAUAACCCCUGAAAAGCAAGUGAAAAAAGUGGUAUCCGCGUCAAGUGGAUUUGCUAGUUUUAAGCAUCGCAAGUCACGUCGCAAUUCGCACAAAGAACAAAGCGAUUGCGAUGAUGUGAAGGUCCUCUACGAUUCCAGCUAUAAAUUUUCCAAACACAGUUACGGGGACGGCGAUUCAAACGACGAGUGUGAAACGGAUUUUAAGAGACAAGCCCUGUUCAAAGCGCAGCCAAGUUCAAGUCAAAAUAAUUUCUUCUGCAUGCUGAAAGCUCGAGAUAAAUUUAUGGGAUGCCACAAAUAUUCAAAUUAAUUGGCAAACUGCGCAUUAAAGCAGCAUCAAAAUUUUAGGAAUACGUUAUUUCAGACAAUAAAAAAAACCAGGUGACAACAAACAAUU